AUGGAGCAAGCAAUCCAUGGAGUGCGCGAGCAGCACAGCCUGCUGGCCAGCAUGGUCCGCAGACAGGAGCUCUUUGUGCCCAUGCUGGGCAUCUGGGUGGCCUCGUUUGGUGGGGCGCUCCAUGCACCUGUCACCACCUACUUUCAAGUUGAAGUUGGUGCGUCUACCGCACAAAUAGGAAAUUUCGGCAUCAUUCGCACUGCUGGUGUUCUGCUCGUGUCUCCGCUGUACGGCUGGCUGCUGGACAGACGAUCGGCCUAUCUGCCAGCCGUGCUCUCGGCCUUUUGCUGCACCUUUGGCUGCCUGAUGCAUGGCUUUGCACCUGAUGUUGCUGGUCUCUAUUUCGCCAGUGUCAUCUUAGCCUUGGGUGCCGUCAACUUCUGGAAUGUUGUUGGGGCAUAUGUCGCAUUGGCAACGCCGCGGGAACAGCGACAUGUCGUCGUCACGGGCUUCCAAGUGCAGGUGGCAACCCUGAGACUUAUCGGCACCUCGCUCUACCCCGCGGUGGACUCACUCCUCAAAGCUGUUGGAAUUGAGCAGAAGCUGCUGCGGUACAGGAUCCACAUGAGCGAGUGCAGCAUCUUUUGCGUGUUCGCCUUCGUGUAUCUUGUCGUUCGGUUUCAGCCCGCAGCAUGGGUCGAGGAUGAGGACAGAACAGGCGAACCCAGGAAAGCAGAGCAGCCUGUGAAGUAUUCACAGAUCAUGCUUCUCCUGGUCACAAGCGUCAUCCAGACCUUCGGUGAGACCGUCAUUACCGUGCUCUGGCCGCUUCACAUACGCAAGCUGGGGUUGGGUUCUCAUGACUACGCUUGGCUCCAACUGCUGUCACAGUUGUUGAUCAUUCUGAGUACCCUCGGCUACCCCCCGCUGACACGGCUUCUGGGCCAUCGAGCAACUGCCAGCUCUUUGCCAAUGAUUGCCAGCGCCACCUCUGCACUGGCUUUUCUGCAACCAGAUGCUUCCCUGUACGGUCAGCUGGUGCACAUCUCGAAUGUCCUGACUUUUCUGGCCGUCUGCGGAACUAUGAAGGUGUGCUACCAGCACCUGACGACACUCGCUGUACCAGCUUCCCAGCAGGGGCGUGUCUUCUCCUUGCUGAAUGUCUUGGGGUCUGUUGGGAACAUUGCUGGAAACCUUGUCGCAACACGCUUCUCCGAGCACGAGACGUCCUUCACCUCAAAAGGUGCCACUCCCUUUCUGGUUACCUCCUCCCUGUUCUGCACCGUUGGUUGCGCCAUCGUCGGUGUAUUGUGCGCGCCGAUCGAGGAUGGCAUCAGCAAGAAGGCCAUUCUCCAAACUCUUGCCGAGUCGCCGGGCACCGCGCCGGGCAUGGCAGUGCUCGGAAGCGGGCCGUUGCCUCCGCCACCGCCAGCCUCCAUGAUGCCGCCGGGACAGGCCAUGAUGUCACCACUAGCGCAGGCCUCUACUCCGGCCUGGACUGGCGUAAUCACGCUGGCCCGGAAUAUGGCAAAGAAGACUCCCUUCAGGGCUGCCCUGAUCCAGGGCAAGGUGGCAGAUGUGGAGAUAGAAGCCAUGGGCUCGGUCUUCGGGACAGGUGCAGCAGCCGCAGAGUCAACCGAGUCGGCAGAAAUGCCGCCUUCCUCGGCAGCAGGCUCUGCGAUUUCCGGUGGCGGCGCUCCCGGCAUUUCUGACGCACCGCGCUGGUUGCGUCGAGUGCGGUGUGCCGUACCGCUUCCUGCCCCCACCAAGCAGGCCGCGGCUGUUCAUAGCAGCCCUGGCCGAGUUCUUCGGCCGAACAGCGGCCUGGUCUUCGCCCGCUGCGCCUUCUCCGCGCCCAGCGCUCCAGAUGGCCCCUGCAUCGUGGUGGAGCGUGCCUUGGUCGACACGGGCUCUUCCGACUGCGAGCUGAGGGAAGGCUUGCUGAGGCGACUCCCUGAAUUGCCCAUCGUGGAGAGAGGUGUCAUGUACGAGACCUCAACUGGCGGAGAGGCCUACGAUGCUUACGAGGUGGUGGCGACCCUUGAUGGCCAUCGAUGUGCUGCGGUGCUCACUGUUGUGCCGGAGGAGCGAUUCCAGGCAGGUGCUGAGGAGCCCUGCUCAGAUGAGGCUCUGCUUGGGCACAUGGCCAUUGCAGCCCUGGGCUUAAUGGUCGACUGCCCUACACGAAGGCUGGUGCCCAAGGCGCCCGAACCAGGAGGCGAGCGACGCGAAGGAACGCCGACGUACCUGGAAAUGGGCCAGCUGCAUGUUGCUAGCUCACGGCCGUGGGCUGCUCUCCCGCCCUCAGCUCCCUUCGUGGGACCCCUGAGCCAGAUGUGGUCGUCUUACCGGCACGGCCAGGCUGCGCUACAGCCGCGAUGGCUACCAGGUACCGGCUGUGCGAUGCCACUCAUGUUGGAGGGUCUGCCAAAGAUCGCGGAUGCCCAGCCCUGUGACGUGGAUCCGCACGGGUCACCAAUUAUUCCCGUGACGUACGUGCAUUGCAUGUUCAUGUCACCCUUCACGCCGGAAAAGGGUGGCUCCUUUGUGAACAUGGCCUUGGUGGACACGGGCUCUUCAGACUGCGAGCUGAGAGAAAGCUAUCUGAAGAAGCUGGGACCGCUUCCGACUGUCGCCGCAGGGGUCGUGUAUGAGACGGUGGCUGGGAGACAUGUCUUCGACUCCUACGAGGUGCUGGUUGCCGUAGGGGACCGAGUUUCUGCCGUGGCCGUGACGGGCAUCCCAGAGGCCGGGCCCUCAUUGCAGGCAGCUUCCGUUGGCUGCAGCUUCCGCUGCCGCGAAAGUUGUUUUCCUCGCUGUUGCCUCUGUGCCUGCGAGUAUCUGUUAUAUCAAUUUUGCUUCUAG